AUGCCGACCAUCACAACUAAGACAACACAAAGAGCCCAGCCUUCAACUACCAGCCUAGUUCGAGUUAAAACACACCCAUUAUUGCAGAUAUCACCAGAAACUGUUGUGUCAAACAAACAAACUUCAACAUCCUUUAGUGUGGCUAUCAGAACUACAGAAACAUCACCUAUUGUAGCAGUCAAACAAACGUCAACAUCAUAUUAUGAUACUAUCACAACUACAGAAAAAUCACCUAGAAUAGCAGACAAACAAACGUCAACAUCCUUUAAUGCGGCCGUUUACAAGUACAGAAACUCUCACGAAUCGAAAAACUCCAGUGCCAGCUGCCCUAGAUACGAUGAUACCAUCUGCCCAGAUAACUGGGAACCGUUAGACGACAGCUCUUGUUACACGAUAGAAAACGUGAAAUCAUCGACGGAAUUCUUUAAUGUGAAGAACAGAUGUAUUCUCAGUGGUGGCAGUUUGAUAAACUUAGAGGCACUAGAAACACUGAAGAAGAUUGUAAUUUGUAAGCAAAACAAAAAAGAGCGGACACACGUUUUAAUUCUCGACGACAAUCAACUUUGUGAAGUUGUAAAUUUGGACACAUUUCAACAGCAUAAGGUCACGUGCUACAAAAACAGUAUUGCGUUCGUUGCGAUUUGUGCUAUGAAUAUUACAAAAAACAGAAUAGCAUCGAUAGGGCAGUCUAAAGACAAAAUAAGCACAUCUGAAAAUGUUUCCAUCAAAGUUGGAUUAGGUGUGGGGAUACCUGUUCUUGUCAUCAUUGUUUUGGCGGUGUUGAUCUAUAUCAACAGAGAAACUUUAAUUCAUCUACCCAGACCCAGAAACAGAGAACUGAACCCCGAGAGAUCAAGACAUUACAUUAACGUCCAGUUGUGUGCAGUCCCACCCAUUCACCAGAUAACCAGAAACGAGGUUUGGGGUCAAUAUGACGAAGUUGAAGGAGAAUAUGAAAACCUAAAGACACCUGGCAGGUAUCUCUCUGACCAAGGCCUCGUCUAUCUCACCUUGGCCCAGGUGAGACCAACCAGCCUACCUAAUCACGUGACUCCCGUAACAAGAUACGAGCCUGUGGAGUAUGCGGCCUUAGACUUUAACCUAACUGGCGCGAUGGCUAGUGAAGCUGGCGACACUAGAGUCUAUGAGAAUGGAGGACCCGCCGAUCAAGAUCAGAGGCGGAACUAG